CGCUGGCAACUACCCUGGCCUAGAUACGCGGCCGAGAUCUGACUGUUGAACUGUUUAACAACAGCCAUGUUCCAGCCCAGCUGAGGUCUGGCCCCGCGCCCCAUGGGGAGUCCCACUCUCAGAGUCCUGCUGCUCCUCACCGCUUUCCUGCUGGAUCUCCCGCCUGCUGCGCUCCAGACCCACCAGCCGUGUCCCUGCGGAGAAGUCCUCACCAACUUCGAUUGCAGUAUUAAUGGAAACGGAGAUCGACUCAGCCCCUGUUCCCAAUGCCAGCACAAGCUGCAAGAAAGCCCGUCUCAGCUAUUGCCAGCCCUUCUCCUAAGCACAGUUCAGUGUUGCAAGCAUGAAAAGCAAACCUGUCUGCAGGUCUAUGUGGCUUUGAACUCUACAGGUAUUGAAGGCUUCGAACUGGAUUUUCUCGUUCCAAGUUAUAACCGUUACAAGCUUCGGGUCUUGAAAACACAGGCGCCUCAGAACAAUACUACAGCUAAGUGGCAGAUGCAGUUUGACGGCUUCCAGGUGGCCAGUGGCGAGCAGGUACAUGUCUCAGUGAAGACCAUUCCUCCCAGGAAGCUAAACCUCAGCCAGAGCUAUACAGUCACUAAUAACCAACCAGUUUUCCCACUUUCAGGACCUGAGUUCCAGUAUAAAUGGGUACCAGCUUCCCGGGCGAUUGAGGUGUCUGCUCCCAAGGCCAUCACUGCUCGCCUCUGUCAUCAGCUGGCGAUGGAAUGCACAGAACUGCACCAGUCUUUCCAUCAGCAGGUACUGGUUUCCAAACAUCGACCCGCGGUGCUGUACUACGAGUUUCUUCUUCCUUGUCUGUGCAUAGAGGCAUCACAUAACCACAAAGACAGCUUCCGCAAGAAAGUGUGUCCUUUCCAGGAUCAGCCAAAAGCCUAUGCUACAGAUCUCUGGUCUUCGGCGCACUUUCAUGACUUCAGUUCCAGUGACAAAACCGAAAUGGCCAUAUUACUGAGUGGCCGCUGCAUCUUUCACCCCACUGUCUCACUUUGCUGGAAGGAAAACUCUGUUCCAGAGGCAACCUGCCAAGAUAUCCCCAAUUCCACAGUCCCCGAAGCCAAGCAGAGUUCUAUGCCAUUCGAAUUUGAAGACACUGACAGGCUUACAAUUCCUAUUGCAGCGCACAUCAUUGAAAGUGUAGAUGUGAACCCACAGCUCUGCUUCAAGUUUUCUUAUAUGAACACCAGCCACACUGAGUGCCCACACCAGACAGAUGCUACCUGGAAUGUAUCUCUCCAUGUGAAAUUUCUGCAACUUCACUUAAACUUCCGUUCUCGCACAGCGGCUUCUUUCAGUUCCAGCUUAUGCCAGCCGGUAUCUUCAAGCCAGUGUCAACCUGAACCCGCUGUCUAUACCAUCACGCAUACAGGGGGAUCUGCCUUGGGUGAAAUGAAUCUCAUUCUUCCUUGGACAGUCUUGAGAAGUUGUGUGCUGGUCUGGCGUUCUGAUGUACAGUUUGCUGGCAAGCGACUCCUGUGUCCAGAUGUUUCUCACCGACGCUGGGGACUGCUGGCCUUUGCUGUAGGUUUGGGCCUGGGAUUGCUGGCUUUGGCAAUCUUCCUGAUUCACUGGAAGAUGCACAGACUCCAUAGAGACGCAUCUUGCCGGCACCAUUCUUGUCCCAUCCUGCUGAUCUACUCUCCUGAUUCAGAGGAGCACAAACAGUUGGUCUGCUCCUUCGCCGCCUUGUUGCGGUCAGCACUGGGCUGCCCGGUGCUAUUGGACCUCUGGGAGCUGGGCCACGUGGGACGACUGGGCAUCUUGCCCUGGAUGUACGCCCAACGGGAACUUGUGGGUCGCAAGCAGGGCCAGGUGCUACUGCUGUGGAGCGCAGGCAGUGCCAACGCUUAUGGACUCUGGCAAGGAGAGGCCAGUAGCCCUGGUACGAAAGCCCCAGAGCCCUAUGACCUCUUUGGGGCAGCCAUGGCCUGUUUACAAGGUGAACUUCAAGGUACGGUCCAGCGAUGUGACUGGGUAAUUGCCUACUUCAGUAAACUGUGCGACUGGCGGGAUAUUCCCUGUGCUCUGCGCCUUCUUCCCCGUUACCGCCUGCCUCAGGACCUGCCGGACCUGUUUGGGGUCCUUCAGGGCAACUCCAGCUCAGGACCCAGCUGGCUCCAUGCUAGCGCCAAAGCCCUUGUGUGCCACCUGCUCAAAGGCAAGAAGAAGAGGAGUUCGCGGAAACUGCGGAAUCCACCAUGGAGCAAGAACAUCAGGAGACUGGAGGAAUCCCUGUUCCCCCUUGCUCAGCCCAAGACACACAGGCCAAGCUGCACCUGAGGGCUGUGGACUAAAGGUGUAUUGCAAAAUGGGAUCGAUCCCACUGGUUAUCCGUAGGCGGAAGGCAGCCAUUGGGCCUCAGAAGGAUUGGCCUUCUUUAUGGUGCCGAAGAAAUGGCGUCUGUAAUCAUCUCGGGCGGUAAAUCCAAUGCCACAAAAACAAAGGAAGGGGUCCAGCUCAGCUAAUCGUAAAGCAGAGAGAUUCCUCUGGGUCUGCCAGAGAGUCCACCCACCCCCUCCAUCACCUGGUGGUUCAUGGCAUCUGUUGCCAUAGAGAGGACAGGGUACCGCGAAGAAGGGGUCAUGCUGAAAGCGGGAUGGUGCAAUAUGAAGGUUGCGGGCAGCCGCGUGAGGGAUUCACGGGGGCUGCUGCUUCCUAGCAAAUUCUUCCCAGAGGAUAGUAAGCUUGCCAAAAGGUGGCCAGGUUAGGCCCAGGGAAGAGGAUCUUGUUGCAAGCUAGAUGGACUAAACGAAGAGGCUGAAUUCUUGCUUUGUUCACCGUCCAUCACCUCAGGGCUCUAAACCCACAGAAGGUGGAGAACAUCUCUGACAGCUGUCAGAGUGUUCGUUUUACUUGUUUCUUUUCAAAACAUGGGUCCUUAACAUUUCUAUUUGUGGAGACACAAAGACCAGCACAAAGAAACCUGCAGAUAACAUAGCAUAACAUAAGAGUUGGAAGGGACCUUGGAGGUCAUCUCGUCUGACCCCCCUCCUGCUCGAGCAGGAGGUCAAUAAUAUUCCAAAUAUUAGCCCCUACCUAGGAUCGAACUCACAGCCUCCUGAUUGUGAGGUGAGAGUCCACCUCUAUGCCAGUGAUCUCCUAGAUAGUACACUAAGGCUCGUUCCCCACUGUUGAGUGGAGGUUCUCUUCAUCUACCUAUGAACUGGCCAAAAGUGAUGCCAGCAGGGAGCCGGCUGUUCCUGUUACCAAUCCAGAGAUCAGUUGGCUCGGACCGGUUCUGGCGUACCGGGAGCGGAAAUUUUGAGUAGUUCGGAGAACCGAAGCGUGCUCUCAUCGAGUAGGUAGGGAAAAAUUUGGAAUCUCGCCACUGUACUUAAUCCCUAUCCCGAUUCUGUCCCCCGUCAAUGCAGUCUCAUGACUCCCUUCAAGGGAAUGGGGUGACCAAGGCCCAAUGGAUUUUAUGCACCUUAGAACUGCUCUGGAGGGGGCUGGGUGUCCGAAUAUGCGAGGGGGGAAAACACUAUUUGAACACCAGUAAAGCUGAAGAAGAAUCUUCUAGAUAGAGAAGAUCAGCCUUUUUGCUCCUAAGCUGAGGACAAGAUGAUGGGAGCAUCGAGGGGAUUAUCACAGAACAAAAGCUAUUCUCAGAGUGUGUCGUUGCUGUGUUACAAGUGGGAAAAGGACUUACAAAGUCAUACAAUCAGGUGAAUUUAAAUCAGCUACCAGCUUGCCUCGCUUUUGACCACUCCAUUUCCAAACCAGCAAAACAAGCGUGUUGCUAAGAGAGUUGUAAGAGAUCAUUAUUUUGUUUUGUAUGUUUAAUCUGCUGAGGUGUUUUUUUUUUGUUGUUGUUGUUGCUCAGGUCCUACGUCUGUUCUUGGUGCUGCUAUCUUGGAAUACAAUAAUAAAGAUGGCUUUUAAAGGAAAUUCAAAAAUCCAAAGGGCAUUUUUCUGCUUUAGGUAACCUACAACAUUGUACUGAUGGUCUCCUAAAAAGUAGAAACCUUGAUAAAGUAAAUGCUUUUAAAAGUAUAUCUGUGCCUCCUGACUUUGAAAGUAAGCUUGACAAUCUUUUCGAUGAAUAACCCCCUGGUGGAAGGGCUGUCUGUGUCAUUCCAUAAUGCAACUUACGGCCUUUCAGAUACGUCGUUUUUACAGCUUCCAGACCUGACCAUGUUGGUUUAGAAUUAUGAUUAGAUCCAAUGUAUCUGGAAGACAACAGAUUGGGGGAAACUGUCCUAAUAGCUUCAAACAGUUGGCUCUUCCAUUUAAAAUAGUCUUGUACCUCAGGAUCUAUUAAGGUUUACUAGC